AUAAUUACUAUAGAAUGAAUGCUGGUCUUCUCAUAUUGGAUGAAAAAGAUAUUUUGUCUAUGAUGCUUUUACAGAUGAAGAAAGUUUAAUUACAUGAUAAUGAUAAAAGUAUCCAAUAUUCAGUUAAAUGUCAAACAAUAAAGAAAAAAUGAAAACAAAAUAUUUUUCAACUUAGACGACCAUUGGAUACAUGUAAUAAACAUGAUGUUCUUAUUGAACAAAGAACAGUACAUAUUCAAUCAGGAAAAGUUUAUCAAAAACAAUGACAUGAAAUAAAACAAAAUCGAUCAUCACUUUAAUUAGAUAGAUAGAUUUGCAAUAAAUACAAUUGUUAAAACAUAAAGUAAGUAUCGCGUGCACAUGAACAUCAUAAAAUGGUAUGUGAGCGCACGUAAAAAAUAUAUUUUACUUGUGACUACGCGUGAUAUUUUUCGCACAUGGUCACCAGUGAAAGUCGUAAAACGAUGUAUGGACACACCUGAAAGAAAAUUCUUGCUUGUGACCGCGUGUGAAAUUAUAGAAAGUUCAUUCAUGAUCACACAUUUGAUCUUGCAACUGUACAAAUCCAACGUCGCGAAACUUUAACAAAAUCUCCCCAUGAUUAAUAUCUAAUGAUAAAUUAUAUCAAGAUUUUUUAAAUUUAAAUAUUCCUAUUCUAUAUGUUGCAACAAUUUAUGGGUGUACACAAUUGGAAUUGAACGCCGAUAUUGUUGAUUAUUCUCAUCAUAUAAUUCGUUCUGAUGGUAUCAUCUCAUCACAAAGUGAAGAUAUUGUUCAUCAUAUGGAAUUAUAUCAUUGUAACGUACCAACGAAUCAUGAGAUACCAAAAUACAAUAAAUGGUGGACAACAGAACGAAAACCAAUGGAUUUAAUGAAAUGUCAUCGUGUUAUUGGCGCAUGGACAUUUGGAACAGCUAAUUUUAGUUAUUCACCGGAAACUGGUGAAAUAAUUGAUGGUAAAAAUUAUUUGAAAUAUGUUGUAUAA